GUCGCCAACACGCUUUCAACAAUCCUCUACGCCCUUCACUUGCUAUCUUUGAGGUCUUGAGCUGCUAUCGCUCUUUCAUUUGACCACCUAGUUCUCCUUGUGACUUACACUCCACACGACUUUGGACCUUACAACCCUACUCGAGAUUCCCUCCUUGCCCCGCGAGUUCUCUCCGUACAAUCCUUUCUCAACCACGCUAAGUAACGUCGAAGGGGAGCUGCGAAGAGAAACUUGUUCCUUGCCGUCCAGCUAUAGCAUUGGACUUCUCGAAGUUGAAUGCAAUAGUAAAAUCACGUCUGCCGGGUUCAAAAUCACAUCUUGACCGCACUGUGCGUCUGAGCUUGAACGGUUGCGCCCGACCGAGAAGAAAACGUCAAAACCAUGCGACUAUAGCCAUAUCCAAAUUCAAUAUCCUCGAAUACGCCUUUCCGCAAGAUUCAGCGGGCGAAGUCCUAGGAAAGCGUGUUUUUCACCUUUGGCAGUGUGUCGUUGACGCAUGGCUAAUUAGCCCAAGCUACUCGAAUCGUAUCCGCACAUCUUCCAACACUCGCGCGACAUCCCUCCAAAGUCCACAAGGCCCAUCAUGGACUCCGCCGCUGAUUCCCUACUUGCGCUUUCAAACACGGCCGCUGCCAUAGCCGCUAAUGAUGAGCCCCUCUCGGAUGACGACCGCUCUAGCAGUCUCAGCGAAUUAGAUGACAAUCUAGAAGAUGUUGAAGAGGAGGAAAUGGAAGCACAAAGACCAGGCGAUGUAGAUUCCGAGGCUGAGACCGAGCGUUUGCAGGUCACUCCUGACGGAGUGGUCAAAAAGAAACCUUUCGAGGUUAGCCCCAGCAAGCUAGUCCAGAGAGAAGAUGUUGAUAUGAGACCGGAGAUCGAAAGCUUGACCGGCAGUCCUGUCUCGUCUCCAAUCUCGUCUCAUGCCGAUUCCGAUCUCGAUGGCGAGCUGAGCGAUGCACCGGAAGCCGAAGAUGAAGUUGAUCAAGAGCCUGAGGCAGCCACGGGGAACUCGCCCAACAAACGAAAGAGACAGGAGAGCGAGUCAGAUCCCGAAGAGGCUCCUCGGUCACAAAGACGUAGGACUGGCUCGCUGGAAAGCGGGCAGGAGAAAUCCGAGGCCGAAAGUGAACAUGAAGAUAGCCACAGACCAAGUCGGGAACGCACAAACGACCCCGAGGUUGAAAUCCAGGGCAAUGAGGUCGAAGAAGCUGAAGAGCCCGAGGAAGAGUCAAAAGAAACCGAGAAGCUCGAAUCGAGUGAAGAUAACAAAGAAAAGCCCCGGAGCCGGUCCCGAAGAAAGGCAAAGGGGGAUAUAAUAGAGGAGCCACAAGCCGAGGAAGAAGAUGAAGCAGAAGGAGCUGAGGAGAGUGAGGCCGUGGACGAGAACGAUGCCGAGGCAGCAGCCAAGAGCGAAGAGGAACAAGCGAGAAGAAUGGCUGCCAUGGAGGCGUUAACAUCAUUAGAGAAACACUUUGCGGCUCUACGAGAUCGCUUAUAUGAUGAGAAGAUUGCAGCCAUCAACCAUGAGUUAGCGCUGCUCCAAGAAUUGCGACCGGCACACCCUGAACUACUGCGACAAGUGGAAGCGGUGCAGAAAUACCGGGACGAGAAGUUCGAGGUUGAACAGAAGCUUUUGGUGUACAAGGUCGGUGCGCUGAAGAACAAGGCUGUUGCAGACCGAAGUCAGAUCCACAGCCAGUAUUUCCAGACUGUCCGAGACAUUCGAGAACGAUACCUAGAACGAAUUAGCGAGCACUUCUAUCGAAUUCAACGGGACAGAUUCAAGGCAGAUUCAACAGUGCCAAAUUUUACCAUUCCUUUCCCUGAGAAACGGUCUCAACAAAUUAUUCAACAGACAGCAUACAACAAGGAGGUGUCGAUAUUAUCAGGUGUUGCCAAAUACGUGGGCUUCCCUGCAGCCCCAGAACUGGCCUCUUCCGCGCAGAAAGACAUUCAAGAUGACAUGGCAAAAAUGGGUAUAUCCGCGUCCCAGAUUCAACCCAUCAGAGCCACGCGACCAGUACAAAGUACAGCUGCGGCACAAAUAUCUGCACCUCAGGCAGAAGAACAAUUUCUAGAGCAAACACCGUGGGCCAACCCACAACAUCCAAUCCACCGACUCAGUCGACAGAAUUCAAAUCGAUCCCCGACCAACGAGUUCCUCACGCCAGCGCAUCAGCAACGCACGACAGAAGCGGCCCAGCCACAUGGGUCCGCUUCUACCAUCGCUGAUCCAUCGGCACAGAUCUCGUCCGCCAUCAAUACGCCGAAUGAUGGACCGAGUAGUGCCACCCAGGUAGAUCAUCCAGCAGGGUCCACCUCGAAUUACAACUAUCAGCUACAUUCCGCCUCACCCCUCGACACACGCGACAUGCAAACAAAAGACUCGCUCAGAGAUAUCGGGUCGUCGCCUCUAAACUCUAGGGCGCAAGUGCUGUCGCCUCGAACGGGUACAGCUCGACUCGAUGUGAGAAGGUCGGGAGUAGGAAAUGACUCGCCAUUCAAGUCCAAAGAUGCAGGAGCAACAGCUAUAACGGCUGGGUCGGGUUUUGGGGGAACAGGGAGAUUCCGGGUCUAAUUUUGUUAUUGAGCGAAUCACUACGCCAGCUUUGUGGCUUUACGAAAGACGAUAGAAAGUGGAGGAAAUCGAAUUCGAAUUGAACUUGGAGGAUAGCAGGACUAUAAUUGAAAUAAUGGUUUAUGUACAUUCCUGUGAUGAUGGUGGAUGAAAUGAUGGCUUUGUGCUAUGUUCAUAAUCACAACCACAGUCACAAGGCCAUUGUUGAACGAAACUUGUACGAUAUAAAUCUUGCUCAGUCAAAUGCUAUAUGUCCUCCUGGUAA